UUUCCCUCCCACGACCUCAACCCUAUAACCUCUAGCUGUUCGAUCAUCCGCUCAAACCUCUUUUUAGUCGUCCACCAUCAUGGGAAAUCUUUGCGGUAAAGAAUCCGGCUCUUCGCUCCCCAACGGCAGAGUCCUCGGUUCCGGCGCGCCACCAACGGCGGCGGCUAGCAAAAUACCACUUACGAGCAAGAAACCUAAGAUCGCUAGUGGGGCCGGCCGAACUUUAGGAGGAGGAGGAGGCUCGGAAGGAGGAAGUGCAGAAGCUGGAGCUGCCGCUGGAGAGCAGUUGGACCCACGGACGGCUGCAGCGUUGGCUGCUGAGGAACGCUCGAAAAAAAGGGCUGGGACGGGAAAGUUAGGGUCGGAGUUGGAUAGACAAAAAAGAAAGACCCAAAAUCAGCACAUCCAGGAUCUGGGGAAGACAAAAGGGCAACAAGAACAACUGGUUUGGGACUAGCCCGUCAAAGGGUGUGCGAAUAGUUGGCUGGGUGGUUGCAGAUAAGGCUAUGCAAAUUGGUAUUACAUUUCUUUCCACAUUCUCGUAUACGAAUUUUGGGUCGGAGUUUUUGUAUCAUAUAAAGGCUUUUUUUUCUUUUGGGCCUUUUUGCGUUGUCGAUUAUAUGUUCGUUUUCUCAUCCUAAUAGAGUAUCUUUGGAUUCUCG